UUAGUACAAGUUAACACAGCUUAAUUAUUAACUAUAUUUAUCUGCCAAUCUCACAUUUCAUGUGGCAAAUAGUGGUGUAUAUAUAGAGUUAAGAAGUCUAGGUCUGCCUCCAGAAAAGAAAUAGUUUCAAAUUGCUUGAAAUUAAAUUAGGAUAAAAAUGUACAUGAUUAAGAUCUUUCUUUUUAUUGUUCCUGUAGUUAUAUCUUCCAGAAUUGACCAAGACAAUUCGUCACUUGAUACUAUAUCUUCAGAGCCAAUAUCAAGAUUUGCUAUGUUAGAUGAUGUAAAAAUUUUAGCCAAUGGCCUCCUUCAGUUGGGACAUGGUCUUAAAGACUUUGUCCAUAAGACUAAGGGCCAAAUUAAUGACAUAUUUAAAAAACUUAACAUAUUUGAUCAGUCUUUUUAUGAUCUCUCACUACAAACCAAUGAAAUCAAAGAAGAAGAAAAAGAACUGAGAAGAACUACAUACAAACUACAAGUCAAAAAUGAAGAAGUGAAGAAUAUGUCACUUGAACUCAACUCAAAACUUGAAAACCUCCUAGAAGAAAAAAUUCUACUUCAACAAAAAGUGAGAUAUUUGGAGGAGCAAUUAACUAAUUUAAUUCAAAAUCAACCUGAAACUCAGGAACACCCAGCAGUAACUUCACUUAAAACUUUUGUAGAACAGCAAGAUAACAGUAUCAAGGACCUUCUCCAAACCGUGGAAGAACAAUAUAAACAAUUAAACCAACAGCAUAGUCAAAUAAAAGAAAUAGAAAAUCAGCUCAGAAGGACUGGUAUUCAAGAACCCACAGAAAAUUCUCUUUCUUCCAAGCCAAGAGCACCAAGAACUACUCCCUUUCUUCAGCUGAAUGAAAUAAAAAAAAAUGUAGAACAUGAUGGCAUUCCUCCUGAUUGUACUACCAUUUAUAACAGAGGUGAACAUACAAGUGGCAUGUAUGCCAUUAGACCCAGCAACGCUCAAGUUUUUAAUGUCUACUGUGAUGUUAAAUCAGGUAGCCCAUGGACAUUAAUUCAACGACGAGCAGAUGGAUCACAAAACUUCAAUGAAACUUGGGAGAACUACAAAUAUGGUUUUGGGAGGCUUGAUGGAGAAUUUUGGUUGGGCCUAGAGAAGAUAUACUCCAUAGUGAAGCAAUCUAAUUACAUUUUACGAUUUGAGCUGGAAGACUGGAAAGACAACAAAUAUUACAUUGAAUAUUCUUUUCACUUGGGAGAUCAUGAAACCAACUAUACACUACACCUGGUUGAAAUUACUGGCAACAUCCACAAUGCACUCCCAGAAAACAAAGAUUUGGUGUUUUCUACUUGGGAUCACAAAGCAAAGGGGCACUUCAACUGUCCAGAAAGUUCUUCAGGAGGCUGGUGGUGGCAUGAUGUAUGUGGAGAAAACAAUCUGAAUGGUAAAUAUAACAAACCAAGAACAAAAUCUAAGCCAGAGAGGAGAAGAGGAAUAUGUUGGAAGUCUCAGAAUGGAAGGUUAUACUCUAUCAAAUCAACCAAAAUGUUGAUCCACCCAACAGAUUGAGAAAGCUUUGAAUGAACUGAGGCAAAUUAAAAACCCAAUAUAUUACACAUUAAACUCAUCCCAAAUUAAUGUGAUUUAAUAAUUUGGUAUUAAAUCCUUAAGAGAAGGCUUGAGAAAUAGUUUUUUUUAUCUUAAAGUUACUAUCAAUUGAAGAUCAAACAUAUCACUUUACCU